UGUGGAAGUGGUGAUCCAGAGCUUAAACAAGAGAUGGAGAAGCAGUUUGUGGAUCUUCUCACGGAAGAGUUGAAGCUGCAAGAAGUAGUUUCAGAAGAGCAUAGUCGUCACAUGAAUGUUACACUCGCCGAAGCAAAGAGGGUUGCUUCACAGUACCAAAAGGAGGCUGAGAAGUGUAACGCCGCCACGGAAAUCUGCGAAUCCGCUAGAGAGAGAGCUCAAGCAUUGUUGCUCAAAGAGAGGAAGAUCACUUCUUUGUGGGAGCGGAGGGCUCGGCAAUUAGGCUGGGAAGGUGAGUAA